AUGUCUGAUCCGUCCGAUUCAUCGUCGCGAUUAGGCCACCUAUUCAAGCAUCGCAGCUGGGACAAGAUCAGUCGAGACUCGGCCUCGGAUUCGCUCCGGAGCACAGAGAGCAGCUUCCGCAGCUCAGGUCGAACGGAAUCCGACGAAGAGGGCGAGCAGAACGGGAUCAAGAAGCUGGUCCCCAAAGGCCUGGCCUCCAAACGACGGCGGAAGAAACAGGAGCAAGAGGAGGAGCUCAGGGCGAGCGAGGAGGCAGCUCGGGGGAGAAGCGUCGCAGAGCGUGGAACGCUGAGCAACGACACUCCAAGUCGUAAUCUUGCUAAUGGCUCUGGGGACGGACGCAGCUUGAUCACAUAUGAUUCAGAUACGGAAUCACCCUUCGAAACACCGCCUCCGUUAUCGACACAUCCAUCCCAUAUAGGAUACCUCACGACAUCCUCGCCCCUUGUACAAGCCUCGAUAGUGCCCGAACUCUCAAAUUCCGAUACCCACCUUGACCACUCACCGCGACCUUCUAGAUUCUCCGAGCAAAUUAGCAACCUGGCUGCCUCCGACUCAACGUCAUCACUGAACGCCGACACGCUCCAGGCACCUACAAACACAUCACAAAAGCGGUCGCCAUCGCCCGUUGGCAGGUUAAAAGAGGCCCUGAAGCCCCGGAAGGGAGCCAGCUCCCACAGCAGCCCGGAGCGUAAUUCAGGAGGCACCGGGGUGGGGGCGCAACAGAAGGAGAAAGACAGCGCAGGUAGCAGUAGGCGUGGGAGUGUGGUAUCGAGAAUAUUCGAUAAACAAUCUUCGCAGGCUGCGCCAGUGAGUUCGAUGCCAAAUCGUCCCGCGACGGCCAAAAUCCAACCCAUCGAUACCAGUUAUAGACCGCAAACCCCUCCGUCCCUCGACACCACAGCGCCCUUGAUCGUGAAUACGCCCCCAACUCCCACCGAACCUAGUACUGCCCAGUUCCCUUCGAGCCGGGAUCGAGGAAGUUCUGAUCCUGUGGCAUCAAAUCCCAAUGUGGUCACAUCCCCGUCGGGGAACAUGAUCUCGCAUCGGCGGGCGAGGUCGGGAUCUGCUACUAUCGGUCCUAGCAAGCUGUCGAAUAUAACAUCUACGCCCCUCACCCCGACUCUCGAACACACCGCGGCAACGCCAGGCUCGGGAGGUACAGGAGGUCCUGGAAGUUUCUUCUCGACGGUAUUUUCGGCGGCGCAGAACGCCGCAAAUACAUUGAGUAAUACCAUCGCGAACACCUCGAACACGCCCGGCGCUCCCAACGGAACCAGGAACAGGAGCGGCACACAAGAACUUAAAGACAUAGUGGAAAGCCCUGAAGUCGAAACACUGGCGGACAAGACACACAUCGACACUCCAGCAGGGGAGAAGGAGCUGGCAGUGAAGACGUUGGGUAUGGGUGAUCUCAGCUUAAGCCAUCUAGGCAUCUCGGAAAGUAGCAAUGGGACAAAUAGUCCCGUGGGGUCAAAGUCUACGGACGAAAACCGGUGCAGAUCUGAAGUACCAAAUGAGGAACCAUUUAACUUUAGCAGUCGUGCCGCUACGUGGGCCCCGUCGGCAGUAGACAGUUCUGAGACUACAUCGGCCCCAAUCAUAGAGGACAUCCAACCUCUGGUCCAUUCCCGCACCCAUUACGAAUCAUCGGGAGCCGGGGAACAAACUCCCCCCAACGGUAGCUUAUUUGAGGGGAAAUCCGGCAUCCAACGUAGUGGCAGUAUCCGAAGCGCGAUAGGCAACCGCAGAAACAGAGGAAGCUCGGCAGCGACAAGUACAACUAUUGGGGCUGCAAUAGCAGCUGCUAAUAGCUCUAUCAGUGAUCCAAGGGCCGGGCAACCAAAGAUUACUGGCUUUGCUGUGGCAAGUAAGAAGCGGAAUCGCGACUUUCACAGCCUUUUCAAGAGCGUUCCAGAUGAUGAUUACUUAAUUGAAGAUUAUAGCUGCGCUCUACAGCGGGAGAUCCUUGCUCAUGGGCGGCUAUACGUCUCUGAAGGCCACUUAUGCUUCAGCAGUAACAUCUUCGGAUGGGUCACCACUUUAGUCAUGAGCUUUGAUGAAAUAGUUUCCGUGGAGAAGCGGAGCACGGCAUUAGUUUUCAAGAAUGGGCUUAUGAUUUCUACUUUACAUGCGAAGAACAUAUUUGCUAGUUUCACCAGUCGAGACUCGACUUACGAUCUGAUCGUCGGGAUCUGGAAGCUUGGCCACCCAAGUCUGCGGAGCUCUUUGAAUGGUGUCAGCAUCGAAGGCACUGGUGGCGGUGACAAAACUGAGAAGAUUGAUGGUACUGCACCAACUGGGAGCCAGAGCGGAUCCGAAUCCGAUACCGAGGGUGAGGAUGGCGACGAGGUUUACGAUGAGGAUGAGGAUGAUGAGGACGGGAUGAGCUUUACCCAAGCCGAUGGCAGCGUUGCUGGUAGCGAUAUUGCGGAGAAGGUCGUCAGCAGAAAGCCCUCCGCGGCAGUUGUGACAAACGGGGCAGUCACAGAAAAGAUAAAAGACGACGGCGUGGCUACCCCGUUGGCGGAUUUCCCCGGGCCAGCCACACAUGCUCCUACGACUUGUUCCGAUCAAGAUACUCAUUAUCCCAAAAUCCUUGCGGAUGAGGUUAUUCCAGCUCCACUUGGAAAAGUCUAUAAUCUUAUGUUUGGCCAGGCUUCAGUGACAUGGAUGAAGAAUUGGCUGACCCACGAGCAAAAGUGUCUCGAGUUUACUAUGGAUGAGAAAACCGCGGUGGCUCUUGGGCCCGAAACCAAAGUUCGGAAUUACUCAUAUAUCAAACCUUUGGGCGGCUCCAUUGGUCCUAAACAGACCAAAUGCGUGUGCACUGAAACCUUGGAUGCUAUGGAUCUCGAAAAGGCCAUCUCAGUUACGAUCUCGACGCAAACACCGGAUGUUCCAAGCGGUAAUGUUUUCAGCACGAAAACCAAAUACUGCCUGUCGUGGGGUGAGGGCAACGGUACGAGGUUGCAGAUGAGUUGUGCCAUCGAAUGGACUGGCAAGAGUUGGUUGAAGAGCCCAAUCGAGAAGGGGGCCAAUGAUGGCCAAAUCCAAUACGCGAAGGACGUUGUUGCCGCGCUCAAGGCUGCGGUAUCCACGCGCCGUACCGCUGCUGCCCUGGUUUCUGGCAAGGGCAAGAAAAAGGGCCGCAGAGGACGCGAACUCAAAGAUAUUAGCAAAUCAGUUGAUGGUACCAUCGAUGCGAAACCAGUGGCAGAAGAUUGGGGUCUACUGGAGCCAUUGCAUGGUAUUCUAGGACCCAUUGUGGACAUCGCCAAGCCCCUACUCACGGGCAAUAUAUUGUAUGGUCUACUCGUCGGCCUGCUGGUUGCCAGCUGGUUCCGCUUCGGAUUCUCGGGCAGAGAAGGCAGCAGAGAUUUAGGUAUGGGCUUCAUUAGCACGCCUGAAAGAGUUGCAGCAUAUCAAGAAAUCUGGAAGCGAGAAGAAAGUGAGCUCUGGGAAUGGCUAGAAGAUAGAGUGGGCAUGGACCGUCUUCGGGAUCCAUCCAGGAUGCCCAUCGAAGCGAAUACCAUGCACGAGAAACUCAAGCACGAGGAAAUGGAGGAGCGGGAGAUGGAUGCUGCUAUUCGCGUUACGGAGGAGAAGUUGAAGGUGCUGAAGCAGUCGGUCGAGAAGAAGAAGGGAAAAGUGCUUGGCGAGGAGAGGGCUAAAGCCCAAAGAAGUGCCCCUUAA